CUUGUGUUCGACUACCCUGACCUUGCCGAAAGCACCUUUGCCCACUGCUCUGGUAACACCUGGAGACUUUGUACAACACUCAGCUCCUUCCGUUGACAAUUCGGUUGAGGAAUCAGGAGAAACUGCGCUGCCCUUCACCAUGGAUGCGGAGGAGCAAAUAACGCAAGGGUUGCUAGCUCCUUCACAGGAGUUUUUGGCGUCCGUCAAAGUGUUCCCACUCAUUCCUUACUUGAAGAAAGAUGUGAUCAACACUAUUGAUAGUCCGCUUAGUUGGGAGCAACUCACGGCCUCGGACAUCAAUUUCGCCAUAGUGCGCCCCUUGAUCAUAAAGUAUGCGAGGCUCAGGAACAUAGCUGUAGUGUACGCGUGCAUGGUUGUUCGCUCAUACUUCUUAGCACAGUCAGGCUCGGACUUGGCUCACGCUGGGGUGAUGUGUUCGCGCGCCACCCUUUGUGAGAUCAUGGCAUUGAAGCUUAUGAGCCACUUCGCGUCGAGCAAGAUCCAGUUGGUAGUUGUUUUGACGACCCUCUGGUGUCCGUUGGCAGGAGCGCCAGAUGAUGUGAUCGAAGAGGUCAAAGACGCUAUUGGUGGGGAAGAUGAGUAUGUCAAUGACCCUCAGUGCGCCAUCGAGAUUGCAAUCGUCACCAAGGCAAAGACCUUCCUGGCUUCCGCGCUUGUUCAGAGCGUUGUGAACGAUAUGUACAAUGGGCGCAUCGUAGUUUCCAUCACCGGCAACAGGUCAAUGGUGGCAGACAAUUACAAACAGAGGGCGAUCAUGUUGUACGACCCGCGCAAGGCACCCAUACUCGAUCAUUAUAGAUUGAGGGUCCCACGAUAUUCUGCGAUCUUGCACUUCGUCAACAUAGCUGUUCUUCUGGUGGUUUUCCUUGCAUGUCUAUGGACGCAGGACGUCACCCAUGUGACCCUGUGGGAGUCUGUAUUCUUGGUCUUUGCGAUUGCCUUUACACUGCAGGAGUACGCGGCUUCCAACGAGUACGGGUGGACUAUUUACAUUGCCAACAUAUGGAAUGUUUUUGACACAUCGUUUGUCAUAAUAUUUCUUGGCUAUCUGGUUUUGCGAGUGAAGGGGCUGUGGGACGAUGACGCAAAGAUGUCUCAGCUCGCUUUUGACCUGCUAGCCUGCGGCUGUUGCGUCAUUGCUCCUCGGCUAGCUUUCUAUGCAAUAUCCAACAACGUUGUCGUUUUGGCAUUGCGCGCAAUGAUUGCUGAAUUUAUUUUUUUCAUCGGUAUAGCGGCGGUUUGUUUCUCUGGUGUUUUGCUGACCUUGUACACGCUGGCUUCGGGUGCGUGGACGAUGCGUGGUAUUGCUUGGUUGAUGGUUCAGAUUUGGUUCGGCAACACAUACCUCAGUUUUGGCGAGGCCAAAACCUUCCAUCCAGUAUUCGGUCCCAUCUUAAUGGUAUGCUUUGCGGCAUUGUCAGGCACCCUUCUCUUGACUAUUCUCAUUUCCAUUUUGUCAAAUACCGCUGCCCGAAUUGAUGCAAACGCUACCCAAGAGUUUCUGUUUCAAUGCACUAUAUCGACCAUCCAGGGCGUAAAAUCGGAUGCUUUAUUCAGCUACCAGCCUCCUUUCAACAUUCUCGCCUUCAUCAUACUCAAACCUGCAAGUUACAUUCUCUCGCCCCGCUCUUUGCACUCCGCGAACGUCUUCCUAAUGAAGCUUACAUCAUUCCCUGUUUUGAUUGCUAUCGCCAUGUAUGAACGCCACCUGGCCACUGAACAGCGGCUGCGUGAAUCUGGCAAGGGUUCUGCCCGUAGUCUGUAUCACAGCAUUCCGAGGCACAUAAAGAAUAUGCCUUUUGUCGACUAUUUUGUUGGUUCAAAGUCGGCGGACCUGUACGAGGCGAUUUUCGAGGUAGAGGAUUCCAGGGAUUUUGGUCUUUUUGAUGACUCGGAGGAUGACGAGUUCAGCCUGCGGUCUCCACUUGCAUCUAGACAUGAAGACUCUGGGUCGUCACCCGUACCGGAACUGCGGCGUCGCAAGAGUUCCGUCUCACCUUCAAAGAAGUCGCAAUCACAACCUCCGAGGACUCGAAAGGUCAGCGUAUUGCCCCCAUUAUCAGAACCAUCAGGCACAGGAAAGAUCCUGCACUUGAAUACGUCCACUCCACUCACAAGGUUGUUCUCGCAACGUUUCAACCACCCGUUAUCUGUUCCAACGGUAGAAGUGCUACCUGAGGUCGCGGACAUGAGCAAGUUGGACUGUUCCUUCAAGCGGAUUGAAGCACUAUUAGAGGACUGUCGUGAUUUACCAGUCCACAAGUUAAAAGACGAGAUGAAAGAGCUACAAGACCGUCAGGCUCGCAUCGAGAAUAUCCUGUUAACCUUGACGCGCGGAAUGCGACAUGAUACAGAAAUUUUACGUCACAAUACUGCAUAAUUAAUCUGAGCACUCUGCUUCAACUUGGAGCGCUGCGCUACACUAGUACUGCCUGCCUAACGUUCCACAUGUUUAAUAACUUUGUCGCUUCUGCAAUCUUGUUUUGACAACAAUGGGUGAUGGAAAUGAUCAAAAUUGAACUAAAUGAUGGAUUAAAUGAAGGCAACUGAGAAUUUGCAAGGGUGGAGGACUAAUAGAUCAUCUAGGAUCACCUCAGCUGCCAGACAGGACAUUGGCACGAUAAUAUGGAUAGAG